CUCACAAGACCUCACAACGCAGGAAAGACAGCUCCUGCCUAGUAUGAAGAAAACCACAGAUGACCUGGAUGGGAAUAAGGAUUUAGCAGACCCCAGAGCUAAGGCUGUGUUCUCUCAGGAAUUCAUUGAAGGCAGGUUUGAUAGGAUGAGAAUUUUGAAUUCAGGAGAAUGGAUCCCCUGCAUGGAAAAUAAACCUCAAAGUUACCCUGCUUAUUUGAAAUCGAAUCCUAAUAAAUUGUUUGAGACAAGGAAGACUAUAUACAUCCUUGGCCUUGAUGAGAGCAUCUCUAUGGGCUUCCUUGAGAAUUGUAGGAAGUAUUGCGAAGCCUUCUACUUUGGCCUCCCAGUCAAGAUCUUAGAUAAUAUCGAUGUCAAGGAGCUUAAUGUGAAAUCGAGGGGGAAGUCAGAUUCAAUACAAUAUUCAGCAAAACAAAUUUUGACUAAAGCAAAGAGGAAGAUACCGAAAGAUGCUUAUGCAAUGAUCUGAGUCCUUAAUAAGGAUAUAUACAGCAGAGAGGACUGGAACUUUGUGUUUGGAUAUGCCAGUCUCAGAGCUCGGAUAGGAGUCUUUAGUUUUGCACGAUACGAUCCAAGCUUUUUCAAUGAUGAUCAUGGAAUGACAUCAGAAGAGGUCGAAGAUACUGUUCAAUUCAGAGGGAUCAAAGUGAUGUGCCAUGAGAUAGGCCAUAUGUUUGGUCUAAAACAUUGAACAUACUAUAGAUGUAUCAUGAAUGGCUCCAUGUCCUCAGAGGAGGCUCUCCUCAAACCAUGCUACCUAUGCCCAAUUUGCUUAAAAUAAAUUAUAUUUCGUUGUACAGUGUGACAUUUUAAGUCGAUAUCAAGCUUUAAAUGAGGCUUGAGAAAUCAGCCAACUAUUUGAAGAAACUUCUAAAUGGUACUCAGAAGCCAUAGACUAUCUACAAGAUCAAUAUACUGCAGAAGGGGUUGAAACAAUUAUUACUCCUAAAUACCCAAUACCAAGAGGAUCGAAGCAUGUAAGCAGCUCUAAACCAUCUGCUAAACCUAGUGCUAAGGCUACUUGAAAGAAGGUUGUAAAACAGUUGAGAUAGCCGAGAGAAUUUAAUCAGUUCAAUUCUA